UGCAAUUUAUUUUUUAUUUUACUUUUGUAUUUUCGUAUAUUUAUAUUUAUAUUGUUUUUUAUUAGCCCCUCUUCCACAACCAGUCUCCAAAUGAGCGAUCUGUUUGGUUCCGACAUAAGCGAUGGCGAAGGCUCUUUGCCACGCACGCCUCAGCCAGCGGUAUCGAGGGCACGCGGGGAUCAGCGACAGGGCUCGCGGACACCGGACCCGCAACGCGACGACGGGCUGUUUGGCAGCGAUAACGAUGACGAUAUGCCACGGAGGGGUCGCCCAGAAACAUCCAAUGACCUCUUUGGCAGCGACAGCGAAGCCGAAGCCGAGGGCGAAGCCGAAGACAAGGACACGCGCAACCGCAUGCCUUCAUCCCAACACAGCAGCGACGGCGACAUGGAAGUGGACCAGGAGGCAGAGGUUAAAAAGGUGCAGGUACGCGUGAUGAGCGCUCGCGUCCCUGUGCUCCCAGUGCCGCGCUCCUCGGACAACAAGUUCAUCAUGGCGCGCACGCCCAAUCUGCUGCAGCUCGAUCCCACGCCUUACACGGCCUCGGCACACGAAGACCUCAUUGCCGAGGAGCACAACAUUGCGCAGAAGCACGGGAUAAAGUCAGCGGUGACCGCCGAACUGGCGUCGGCCGUUGAGGGCAUCCUGGCCAACACCGUGCGCUGGCGCCAGGUGCCUGGGCCCGGCGGCCCCAUUCGGCAGAGCAACGCCCGGCUGGUGCGGUGGUCCGACGGCUCAACAACGGUGGCCAUCGCCGGCGAAUCAUACAGUAUCACAGAGGAGUCCCUAGCCGAUGCCAACUGCCACGCUGCCGUGCACUACUCGCGCGAACAGAUCCUGCAGAGCCACGCGCGGCUCACCGACCAAUGGCUCCUGCGGCCCUCGCGCCAGUCGGCUCAGAGCCGGCUUGCCGUCUCUCUGCUCCUCGGCCGCGUCCGCGCCAAGGCCUCGGGCGACCAGCCGCAGGACCGCACGCGCAGUACGCGCACGCGCUUCAUGGUGGUCGACGAGAACCCCGAGCUGGUUGUCCGCCGCGCCGAGGUCGAGGAGGAGCGCCGCGAGCGCAUGCGCCGCCGGGAAGAGAAGAUCCGCGAGCGCAAGGAGGCGCGCGAGCUGCAGACUGGCUCCGGCUACCGGGCCGCGUACGACGAGGAUCGCGAGGCCGGAUACGCCUCGGAAGACUAUCACGACGCUGGGCUGGCUGCGCGCUCACGCGUGCCGAGGCGCGCGACUGGGAGAUCGACGCAUGCUGCUGCUCCUUUGCCGCGCGCACCGGCACGCGGGUCCUACGCUGACGAGGACGACGAUGGCUUUAUUGUCGACGACGACGACGAGCUGGAGGUCGGCCCGCGCGAUGAGUUCGAUGAGGAGGAGGACGAGGAGGAGCUGGCCACCCGCCGCCUCACCUCCGCCAAGCGCACCGACUACUCGGACGAAAGCGACGUUCCGGCGCGCUCGGCCAAGCCGCGUCGCUUGGUCAGCGACGACGAGGACGAUAUGUAAAUCCCGCCUUUAUUUUUCUACCCUGUUGCGAUGGAGCCGGUCUACGGCUCGGUGUCUCCAGUUGAAGCUCGGCUCGGACUGCUAGCGCUGAGCCGCAAAAUUUUUCUCUUACUUUUGCCUAGCAGGGGGUACAACGCGUAUCUUUUUGCUCAACAAAGUGGCUUCUUUGGCUUGGUCCUCCCGCCAGCUCUCCAUAAAAGUCGCCGCUGAACGCGAAACAGCACUGGAUUCCUUCUCUCUUUUCU